UUCACAGGCCCGAAAUAAAAAAUGGACAAGAUUGGGCUAAUAGUUAUCACCCGCGGAUUGAAUCGGUUUUGGUGUUUUGGCCCGAAUCCGACCAUUCCCGACCUGAUGUCCACCUCUACUUGCUACUACGGGUGGAGUGUUGAUUCAGUCCUCAUUUGUUUUUCGUUUUUUGUUUUGGUAGCCAUUCUUUGUUCUUCAUAAAGCUCCAGCUGAAGAUUGUGAUGGCCAUUUGGAUCAGAAACUGCAGAUUGAAACUUUUGAGAUUGUCUUCACUGAUUUCAUCCUGAUGUUGAGGUCACAAAAACACAUUCCCUACCCACACACAGGUCACAAAUCAGAAUGGAGUUGUAAUAACAACUACUCAAGGUUUCCUUUCUUCCCUUUUUAAUUCGUAAUGUCUUAUGUUUCCUGCUUUCAAAUUCAAAUAUGACAUUCCCACUCUUUCAUUUCAACCCUAAAAACUCUUAAACCCCUUUUCUUUAAAUCUCUUAUUAUUGAUAUUGAUUAUUAUUCAAGCAAUGCAAUCCCUCAAGUUACGUUCUCUUCUUUUUUAUUCUCCUUUGAAUUACUCACUUCAUCCCUUUCUCUUUUCAUUUUCUACUGCUUCUUUAUCAACCCCAAAUCAAACCACUAUUCUCCACGAUUUCCUCAAUUCCAAUUUCAAUUUCCCCAAAUCUCAAUCCCUUUAUAUCUCUAAACGCAUUUCAUCUCACACCCUCCCUCUAAAGCCCUUAUCCGUCCUCAACUUUUUCAAACAAAUUGGAUUCUCCGAAUCUCAGAUUCACUCUAUCAUUCGUCAGAGAGCUCAAAUACUUUUCUCAGAUGUUGAUAAAACCCUAAAACCUAAAAUUCACUUCUUUCAACAAUUGGGUUUCCAAUGUUCGGAUUUAUGCAAUUUCAUUUCCAAAAAUCCCACCAUUUUGACUGCUAGUUUGAACAAAACAUUGGUACCCUCUGUCGAAGUCAUUCGAAAAAUUGUAUGCAACGACAAAGAUUUUAUUUAUGUUUUGUGCAAAUGUGGUUGGAUACUCCCAAAGUACCAACUUUUUGUCGCCAAUGUCGCUUUCCUACAGAGAUGGGGAAUUUUUGGUGAUCAGCUUUUGAUUAUACUCAAACGACAGUCGAGACUUUUGAUUGCCACACAAUGUACUAUUAGGAACUAUGUUUUGCAAGCUGUAGACUUGGGUUUCGAAGAAAAUUCAAGAAUGUUGGUUCACGCGCUUCAUACCUUAUCUGGUUUGAGUUCUAAAACAUUUAGGAGAAAGAUGGAUUUCAUUCAGGGUUUUGGGUUUUCUAAAGAUGAGUGCAUGCAAAUGUUUAAAAAGACUCCGACUUUGCUUAGGACAUCGGAGAAGAAAUUAAAGGUUGGAAUGGAAUUCUUCUUGCAGACAGUAAUGCUGCCAAAGUCAGUGUUGGUUCAACGGCCUGUGAUUUUGAUGUAUAGCAUUGAGGAUCGAGUGUUUCCUCGGUAUAGAGUUUUUCAGCUUUUGAAAGCACAAAAUCUAUGUAGGAAGGUUCCAAGCUUUAUUCAUGUGUUAUGUUUGUCUGAAGACAUGUUCUUGGACAAGUAUAUAUCAAGGUUUAAAGAAAAUGCAGAGCCAUUGUUGAUAGCGUACAAGGGGGAGCACUAUCAAGAAGCAUAAUAACGAUCCCUUGAUUAUGUUGUAUUUUGCACACUUCUUUACAGGAAGCAUUGAGCAAUUUUGGGGAUCACAGCUUUGUUGGUACUUAUGGUUUACCCCCUUUCCAAUUACUAUGAGAUACAGAUUUUGAUGCUGCAGAUAUGAGUCCAUUAAUUGUCAACUUGAGCAAUGACUGCCAAAUUGAAAAUCCUGAAAUUCUGCAAAACGAAAAUGUUGAAGUGGGAAAUAUAGUCGAGUUGCAAGGUUAAUUGUCAGGCUCCUCCUCUGUGGAUCCAUUAACAAGUUCAGUUGCAGAUUUGAAUACCGAAGAACUGUGUAUUGUGCAUGGUGAUGGCUUUUCUGGUUUGUCAAGUGAUGAGGUAAAAUCAGAAAAAGACGUGAUCCAAUGAUGCAUCUCAUAUCAAAGACUAAUAAGGAAAGACUAAUUUAUCUAUCUCAUACCUGUCCAAAUUUAGCCUUUGUUGUCAACAAUGUGUUUGCAAUUUCAAUGCAUACAUUUAACGAGCAAAAUGAUUGUUUGCUCAGUUAUGAUAAAGGUAAAAGGUGUUUCUUCAAUUUAUACUUCAAGCGAACAUCUAAUAGUAUGAAACCACUAUUAUUUUGGGGAUCGCA